GCGGGGCGGGCGAUGCUCCGGGCUCCCUGAGCCGCCGCACCGCGUCCCCGGCCGAGGUGCCCCGCGGAGCGGCGCGGUCGAGCGGCGGCUCCCCGGUCUGCCCCGUGUCCCCCUCCCCGCUGUCCCCACGCCGCGCGGAGGUCGCGCAGGAUGCCGCGGAGGGGAGCGGAGGCGCCGCUGGCCCUGCUGCUGGCGGCGGCGUGGCUGGCGCAGCCCCUGCGCGGCGGCUACCACGGCGUGAACAUGUUCGCCGUGCAGACCGCCCAGCCCGACCCCUGCUACGACGAGCACGGGCUGCCCCGCCGCUGCAUCCCCGACUUCGUCAACUCGGCCUUCGGGAAGGAGGUGAAGGUGUCCAGCACCUGCGGGAAGCCGCCGUCGCGGUACUGCGUGGUGACGGAGAAGGGCGAGGAGCAGGUCCGCACCUGCCACCUCUGCAACGCCUCCGACCCCAAGCGCGCCCACCCGCCCUCCUUCCUCACCGACCUCAACAACCCGCACAACCUGACCUGCUGGCAGUCCGACAGCUACGUCCAGUAUCCCCACAACGUCACCCUCACCCUGUCCCUCGGCAAGAAAUUCGAGGUGACCUACGUCAGCCUGCAGUUCUGCUCGCCGCGCCCCGAGUCCAUGGCCAUCCACAAGUCCAUGGACUACGGCAAGACCUGGGUGCCUUUCCAGUUCUACUCCACGCAGUGCCGCAAGAUGUACAACAAGCCGAGCCGCGCCGCCAUCACGAAGCAGAACGAGCAGGAGGCGGUGUGCACCGACUCGCACACCGACGUGCGGCCCCUCUCCGGCGGCCUCAUCGCCUUCAGCACCCUGGACGGCCGCCCCACCGCCCACGACUUCGACAACUCGCCCGUGCUGCAGGACUGGGUGACGGCCACCGACAUCAGGGUGACCUUCAGCCGCCUGCACACCUUCGGCGACGAGAGCGAGGACGACUCCGAGCUGGCCCGCGACUCCUACUUCUACGCCGUGUCCGACCUGCAGGUCGGCGGGCGCUGCAAGUGCAACGGGCACGCGUCGCGCUGCGUCCGGGACCGCGACGACAGCUUGGUGUGCGACUGCAAGCACAACACGGCCGGCCCCGAGUGCGACCGCUGCAAGCCCUUCCACUACGACCGGCCCUGGCAGCGAGCGACGGCCCGGGAGGCCAACGAGUGCGUGGCCUGCAACUGCAACCUGCACGCGCGGCGCUGCCGCUUCAACAUGGAGCUGUUCAAGCUGUCGGGGCGCAAGAGCGGCGGCGUGUGCCUCAACUGCCGGCACAACACGGCGGGCAGGCACUGCCACUACUGCAAGGAGGGCUUCUACCGCGACCUCAGCAAGCCCAUCUCCCACCGCAAGGCCUGCAAAGAGUGCGACUGUCACCCCGUGGGUGCCGCCGGCCAGACCUGCAACCAGACCACGGGCCAGUGUCCCUGCAAGGACGGCGUCACCGGCAUCACCUGCAACCGCUGCGCCAAGGGCUACCAGCAGAGCCGCUCCCCCAUCGCCCCCUGCAUAAAGAUCCCGGCUGCUCCACCCACCACGGCCGCCAGCAGCGCGGAGGAGCCCGCAGAUUGUGACUCGUACUGCAAAGCCUCCAAGGGGAAGCUGAAGAUCAACAUGAAGAAGUACUGUAAGAAAGACUAUGCUGUCCAGAUCCACAUCCUGAAAGCAGAAAAGAACGCGGACUGGUGGAAGUUCACGGUGAACAUCAUCUCCGUCUACAAACAAGGCAGCAACCGGAUCCGGCGCGGAGACCAGAUCCUGUGGAUCCACUCCAAGGACAUCGCCUGCAAGUGCCCCAAAAUCAAGCCCAUGAAGAAGUAUUUGCUGCUGGGCAACAACGAGGACUCUCCCGACCAGAGCGGCAUCAUUGCGGACAAAACCAGCCUGGUGAUCCAGUGGCGGGACACGUGGGCCCGGCGGCUCCGGAAGUUCCAGCAGCGGGAGAAGAAGGGCAAGUGUAAGAAAGCCUAAAGGAGGAGGAGAGGGAGAGACUGACUGUGCAUGCUGC